AGAAGGGCUCAGAUUCCUUUCUUGGUACUGGAGAGCAGACUCGUGCUGCCCGAGGAAUGGAAGAUGUGACUAUGGACAGAGCAAUGAGACUAACUGGGCUACAAUGAAUGGCACAAGCAGGAGAUUUCUGCCAACUUACCUCUAUUUCUCAGGAAGCAAAUGCAAUGAAGUUUGAUGGGAGAAAUGUAGACUGGGCCCAAAAUUUCUAAUUCAGGGAGCAAAAAAAAAAGAAGAACCAACUGUCCUGCAGAGAACAGAUUACUCCCCCGGCACAAAUAAGUCCCUUAUGCAAGUAUAAAGGUUCCAACAAUUACAAUGGACAGUCCCACAGGAGAUGGCUAUAUGGAUACCGCCCCUAGUCCUGAGCAGACCCUCCCUAUUGUCCCCAGAGGCCAUCAGGUGACCAAAGUGGCCCCAGCCAAGAAGAUAACAUUUUAUAAGAGCGGAGACCCUCAGUUUGGUGGAGUCAAAAUGGCUAUCAACCAUCGUAGUUUUAAAAGCUUCAGCGCUCUCAUGGAUGAUCUCUCCAAUCGUGUCCCUUUGCCAUUUGGUGUUAGGACCAUAACAACUCCUCGUGGGACUCACAGUGUUAACAGACUGGAACAGCUGGUAGAUGGUGGGAGCUAUAUAUGUUCUGAUAAGAAAUAUGUUCAGCCCAUUGCUCCCAGCAAGCCAGGACACAAGAUGGCUGUACAGCGGCCUGGUCCCCCAGCCAGUGCCCGAAAACAGAGUAGACAAGAUGAGCAUGAGGAUGAAUAUACUGCAACACACUUCCAGCAAGUUCCCAGGGUACGCAAGAAAAUCACUCUUGUGAAGAAUGGAGACCCAACAGUUAGGCGUUCUAUUAUUCUAAACCGCACCAACGGGCGAAACCUAAAAACAUUCCUUGAGGAAGCAUCGGAUCUCUUGCAAUAUACUGUACGAAGAAUUUACACUGUAGAUGGAAGAAAGAUUGAAAGCAUCCAAGCCGUGUCACAGGUCCCGAGCCUCCUCAUCUGUGUGGGACGGGAACCCUUCAAACCAAUUCAUCUGGAAAAUGCCAGGAAAAGUGUUGCUGAAAAGCUUCCUGGCCUCCGAUCUCAUCCGGCGGUUACAAGCGCGAGCAUGGACAAUAGGAAGAAUGCAAACUUUGGCCUGAAAGCUAAAAAAAGUGUUAUCCAUCCAAGGACUGCGUCCAGUGGAAAGACCAGGUUUUCUUUGUCAUCUGAGAAGUCCUACCCAAAUGAUCUCAACAUGUCCCCAAUGAAUAGCGGUUAUGCAUCUUCCUCCAAGGCGUGCCCGCAUACAAAAUCAGAAGACAGUUCUCAUUCCUUGGUCAAUGAGGAUAUUGAAAAAAGAGUUCAUGUCAAUAAGGACGGUAGCCUCUCAGUAGAGAUGAAGGUACGUUUUCGCUUGUUAAAUGAAGAAACGCUUCAGUGGUCAACACAGAUAAAAAAAUCUAGCAAUGCGGGUAAGGCCAAAUGCGAACAACUUAGCUUAUGUGAUGAGGAUGAAACAAUGACCAGGAAAGGUUUGAACCCAGAACUUUUUUCAGAAACAGAUGAAUCAUUUUACCCCUGUGAUGGUGAGUCAUAUAGCUCAAAACCCAAUUAUGAAGAACUUGAAGAUGUCUGCUGUGCCCAUUGCGGAUUGCAAUGCCAAGAAUAUGAUAUCUGGAAAAACCCUAUGCAUGUCAACCAACCUCAAGACUAUACCAGCAGGGGUGCCUGGCAGACUCGAUCUUCAGUCUCCAGCUCCUCUUCACAUAAGAGAGUAAUAUGCAAUCAAAAGACAUCUAUAGACAGCCUUCAUAGGACUUCUUCAGAAGAGUAUACAGAACACAUUGUGCACAGGUCUUCGCAUUAUUCAGAAACUAAAGAACACGGAGAGACUAGGGUGACAUACUCUGCAGUAAGUCAAUGCACCAACUGCAGUGGACAAUCUACUGCUGCUUCAAACAGGGAAAUUAACACAGAAAUUGGACGUAAAAGCACAGGGGAGAGACAAAGAAAGUCACGGUCUAGUUCAAAAACUGAAAAUUCGUUGCUAAAUGAAACUGUUUUGGAGGAUUUUAAAGAGUCUGUUAAUAUGACAAGCCACAGUGCCAGUAUUGAAGAGUGGAGUGAGCUAUCCCCAACACCAUCUUCCAGCCAUGAGAUAAAUAAUAAAAACUGUAGCCAAAGAAUUAGUGUACUUUCCCAAUCUCCAGUUCGGUCUAGUAGAAGUAGUCAUAGGAAAGUGAAGAAUAGAGUGAGUGCUGAAACAAUUUGUGGCCAAUCAAAUUUAAGCCUAAAGAUGGUAGAAAGGCAAGAGAGUCCUAGUAUGUCUACACCAACAAACCUUCUUAGCAUCUCAAAUGUAUAUAACAAUUGUGAGGAAAUGUGCUUAAGCAGUUCCACAGCUCAGCUCAUUGAAUGCCACAGAACUAGCAAUGAUGAAAUAGACAGUGGUCAGGAGAAUGGACCUGUUCAGCACUCUGCAAGAAUAAGUCUCAGUGACUGUGAAAAGUGUUCAACGAAGUCUUCGUGCCACUCCACUCAUAAGAAAAAGAGAGUUAGCAAAAACACUAGUAACAAAAUAGAUCCUCCCAGGUCCCCUUGCUCUUCGAUUAAUCCAAAGGAAAAUGUCAGUAUUCAUGUGCAUGCUAAUAAUAUCCCUGACCAAUGUGAGGUGGCCUCAGAGCUGCAAGAAUCUUGUUCUUCUAUCAGAUCAGAAACACAUGAAGUCAAACUCCAGUCUCAAACAUCAUUUCAGUCUGUUUCCUCUUGGACUGAUUCUACGUCUUGUCAUGGUCAAGAAGGACAACCAACUACAAAGAUCCCUGUUUGCGAUGAUAACUGUUCAUUAGGUAAACCAGGAGAUGACAAUAUGUCAGGACCAGAAGAAGACAGAAAUACCAGUCUAAUUAAUAAAUCACGGUCAUCAAGCAUAUCACACUCAGCCAGCUCUAGACAUAAUGUCAGAUAUCCCAAUUCUGGAAAAUCUUGUAGUGCCAAUUCAAGGGUCUCUUCAACCUGUGAUAAAGAAAGUAAGUGUAAAGACUCCACCGACAAUAGUUCAGCCAAUGAUAGAGAGAGUCAAGUAUCUCAGCAGAAUACAAAACAAUACAUCCAAAAUGGAAAUGUUUCUAAUAAAGGAUCAGACUGUGAACAUAACACUGGUUUUAGGCCUACCCCACCAAAAGAUAAGCCAAACCAAAGGCAACGGAGAUCGUCAGCUUUGAAAUAUUCCUGUAGUAGCGAAUACAGUGACCCAGCAAAGAUUAUGAAUGGUGAAAAUCCUGUUUGCUCAAGGUCUACUUCCCCAGCAUCACAGGGUAUUUUGGCAGAUAAAGUUAGCAAGGAGAGAAAAAGUUCAAUGAAGAGUAACAACAGUGCUGAGGAAACAUCAGUUUGUAAAAAAAGAAAAGAUAGUUCUAGUUCUUCAAAGAGAAUGUUCAAAAAGGAAUCUUUAGAUUCUGAGCUCCAUCCUUCUGCAUUGCCAAAUGUAACCUCAGAAGAAGUUGUCCAUGAGUGGCUUAGGAAAAUCCCCUCUCGGACAAUAGAUGUUGAUUAUGAAGUGGAAGAAUGUUCAACAAAAAUAAGUGAGGAGACCCAAACCGAAGAUCUGCAGCCAGAAACUGAUAAAUCAGCAGAAGAAGGGGAUGCAGAAAAAGAUGUUGUGAAAGAGAUUCAAGAAAGCUGCCAAGUUCACAAAGAAACAACAGAUGAAGAAAAUUGCACUAAUGAUAUAAAUAAUAUACAAGAUACAAAUACAUGCGAUGAAGAGCAAAAAGAAGACAUUUUAUUACCAAAUAGGAUCAAAGGCAAUGAUGACAACAGUGUAAUAACAGCAGUACCUCUCUGUGAUAAAAUAUUCCCAAGUACUAUACAUAAUUCUGUGCAAAUAAUGAAGGCACUGUUAAGACCUUUAAAGGAAUCCAAGUUUGACCGUUCAAAUAGUUUACCUGAAGUAUCACCUUCUAUGGGAAAAAGACUAAGUAACUCCGCAAAAGUUCUGAUCUCUUGUCUUGCCAGUCUGCAACUUCUGGAUGAAGGCACAACAGACUGCAUGGAAGAAUCAAACAUUUCAAAUAAACCAAAAUAUAAUGAGUUGUUGAAUAUAUUACAGGAUCUAUGGACUAAAGCACCAGAAAACAAAUGUUUAAAGAAUGCAAAAUCUGGAAAGCAGCUUUCCAGGGAGGAUGAAGUAACUCCUGUUUCAUCUUCUGGAGUUGAUGUCAACAGCGGAUAUGAUGGCUCUGGUGAUGGUAGUAUUACAGGUGGUGGAGACUCUACAGGUAUAGCUGAAAAGGCUGAUGAAAGUAAAUUGUCUGUAACUCCCAGUGACAACAAAACUAACGAUUGUCAAUUUACAGAAAUAACUGAAACAACAUCUGGAAAUUUAGAACUAGAAAAUGGACAAUGUGCUGAAAAGGAUACACCAGCCCUGGUUAGAGGACCAUCUGCUGGUCUUGAUGAGGCCAAUACACACCUUGUAGAUGAAAAUAUGAAUGAGAAAAUGGUAGAAGACAAUAAAAGUAACAUGGCUGAAAGUGAGUCAACAAAUGAUGCCGAUAACACAAAUAAUGUAAAUGAAGAAAUAACAGAAAAUAUGGAGUGCAUGGAACAAAGUAAUGACACCAUGAACAUUCUUAGUCAAACUGAAAACAGCCCAGAAUCCAAUGAGUCCAACACAGAGGAAUGUAAUGGGAUAAGUUCACAAAGUGAUGUCCAAUCCACCAUUAUUUCCACUUCUGAUUCAAAUGGUAAAAAAGACUUAGAAGCCCAAAAACAAUUAAAUGAGACAGAUCCCAUCUGGGCACUAAAACUGCUGAGAAAAAUAGAGACUGAAUUCAUGGCCCAUUAUGUUGAUGCAAUGAAUGAAUUCAAGGUUAGGUGGAACUUAGAAGAUGAUGAAAAUCUUGAGGGAAUGAUUGCUGAGCUUAAAAAUGACGUAGGUCAAAGAAUUCAGAAAAGUAUUACAAAUGAAUUUAAAAAAAUAAAAAGUAAGGCCGGACAGAGGAUGCCAAGGCCUCCAGGUGACCAUUCAAGUCUGAGAUCUUCUCUUCAAGCAGAGGAAAGAAGGCAACGCUUGCAAACAAUGCACAAAAGGUCAGCCAUGCAGCUUGCCAAUGGGGACAAAAAUAAGGAUCUUGGGACAAAUGAUACUUCAUGUGAAACUGAUGAAGAAAACCUAACUUUUAGUGCAUCACUAGGCAAUGAUGCCAAUGGACUUACAGACUAUGAUGAAUUCUGUCCAUGUGAAACGUGUAUUAAAAAGAAGAGAGCUUUAAAAUUAGCACAGCCUAAAGUGGUGAUAUCUGAUGCCCCCAUCACCCGAGCUUUUGACCUUCAGCAGAUUCUAAAGAUGAAGAAGGAUAACAAUCUACAACUGGAAGAAUGCAAUAGUGCAAAAGAGGAAGCGGUCAAUGAAAAUGCUUGUUCUGGUGGCAAUGAAAAUGGCUCUGAUGAAGAGGGAAACAAAAAUGGUUCAGGAAAAGAGGACUCCUCUAGUAGAUUAGAAAAACAAGAUACAAACCUAAGUUUAAGUCUUUCUAACGAUGAAAAGGAGGCUGAUGACAUUAAUGAAGGAUCAUCCAUUGUGGUGGAGAAUGGAGAGUGCAAUGAUGUCCCUGAUGCUGAUAAAGGCCUAGAUGAUGAAACUAACAAUAAUGAACGUUUGGACAAUGAGACAGAAAAUGAGGCAUGUUCUGGGACUGAACAUGCCAUCUGUAAACCCAUGAGCAGGGAAAAUUCAGCAAAAAGUGAGAGCAAUGAAGUCAGUGAAGAGGAGCAGCAAAGUGAACAGGAACACAAUAAUUCAGAUAUAAAUGAAGAUGACAUUGAUUCAGCACCAGCAGCUGAACAGGAAGAGACAAAGGAGAAUUUAGAAGAUACAAGCGAGACAGAAGAAACAGAAGGAACUUGCCUAGAAGAAGGUUCAGGCCAUGAGAAAGAUGAAGAAGAAAUAUCUGUGAGUAGUGCUGAAGAAAAUUGCCAUCUGGGAAUCUUGGAGAAUGGCUUCAAUUUACAGAAGUCUCACAUGGGUCAGGUCUCUCUCAUAACACACCAGGGCUCUGUUGAUAAUCCAGAUGAAGUUGCUAAUAGCACAGCAGAGACAUCCCCUAACAGUGAUUUAGACAGUCCAGACAGCAAGAAAACACAGAUGUACCCAGAUAGUUCUUCUGAGGAGGAUAAUGUGUCCUCAGGGGGUACAAGCCCUGUUGAUGGGGAUAAAAAUGGAACUAUUGAGAAGGGAAAUGUGAACCUUCAAGGAAGAACAGAAGAAAGUCUAAAUAAUCUGGCAAAGACAACAAAGGAAGACAUUAUCAGUGAAGAUGAAUUUGACUUUUAGGUGCUGGUUUAUUCUUCUUUAUUAAUAUAGUUCAUUAUUACGUGUCUAUUUAUGGUAUAACGAUUCACCAUGCACAUGUAUAUAAUAGUUGUAAUAACUGCGGAGUACAUAUUUAUUUAGUACUAUUUUCAUAUACAAGGACAACUAAACACCACCACAAAGACAUACUUGAAAUAUGACUGCUUUUAUUGAGGUCAUUCUUUUAUUAGAUGUUAAAGAUGUAACAGUCUAAAAGGAAGGUGUCUUGUUAGUGGAACCAGGGGUUGAUUUUCUGUUUAGUACAGCACCAAUAAGUAGUUUGGAUCUACUUUUCAUCCUGGCCAACAUACAUGUGAAGCUUUAUAUUGUGAUGACCAAAACAAAUUAGGGCCGCUCCAAACUCACCACCCCUUAGCUGCUCCCCUAUGUUCCCGGGUGCUCAGUCCGCAGCGCCCCCACUGCCAACAUAUGAUAAACGAACAGGAGGACGGCACUCCGGUAAAAGGCAGGUUUUUUUUUGCAAGAUACUGCAGAAAUACAUGGCCUUACGCAUUUCGGGAACACACUCCCUUAGUCAUAGGCUGAUGACUAUGUUCAUGAACAGUUUUAUGUCUCCUUUUAAAUAGAUCACUCCAUUUAGGGGCAGAUUCACUAAAGGGCGAAGUGGCUAACGCUAGCGACAUUUCGCCAGCGUUGCCACCCGC